AUGGUGGGGGGAGAUCCGCGUAGGUGGGGAAACGGGGAGAAGCCACAGCACCAUCGAGCGACCCCGCUUACCUCCCUAGUCCUCAAGGAAUUCCUUCUGGCUCCUACAGCAGUCGUGAGCAAAGGGGGGAACGGAAUCACCGCAGCCCAGCCUCUGUGGACAGAACCCACGCGAGUUCUCCGUGGCCACUUGGGGCAUACAGGGCUUCGUGGGCUAUCCUGGGGGCCUGCCCAGCCUGUGCGAUGCUGUGACAGUUUGAGGACUGACGUCCCAAGCCAGGGGUUCACGGGCAAUCCUCGGAAUACAGCCUCCUGUAAUAAUCUGGACACUGACCCUACUGGUCCUCAGGCCACAGCCUCACUGGUUCCGUCUUCAGGAGCCUCAGACCCUACCUUUGCUGUUUCCUCUGAAGUUCUUCGUGCUCCUGAACCGCGGGGAAAUUUUACCAGGCUCGGUGGGGUAAGAUAUAGGCUGUGCUGCUGCGCGCCUCUCCCUCCUCGCCAGCUCCCUCAGCUCCCCGAUCCUCCACUGUCCUGGCCGUUGGAAGUUGCUACUGAUUUCGCAACCAACCGAGCGUCCCGAGCGGGAAAGGAGCUUAGCAGGCUGCGCCGGGGCCCUGGGGCUGCGGUCGCCGCAUCCCGCCUUCGCCACAGCGGGGUCGGGGAACGGACGCGGACCUGGGGAGGGAAAGAAACCGAGUUUUUGAGGGACCUGGGCAAAGAAGCGCGGGGGACUGCUUACCCGCCAAGGUGUCCCCUCUGCAGCGCGCCUCCUUGGCCUGAGAAAGCGACGGCGCCUCCCAACUCCGGAGCAGAGACUGACUGCAGGGUCCAGGCUUUAUAUCAGCUGCCGUCGGUGACACCUCAAGGGGCGGAGCACGAGGCAGGACAGUCCACCAGUAUGGCUUCUGUGGCCCGGGAAGCCCACUCCGUCAAGGACUACAGCCUCCGUUACCUUCAAAGGAUACGGGAGAGGGUCGCCGCUUGGAAGAACCCGGGCAGGCUCCGGCCAUGGCGUUUUGGUGAAAAAAAGGGACAUCCUUUAGAGUCAUCUGCCCACUGCGAAUUUCCAGGGCUUGUGCAAGACCGUCAGUUUCCCGCUUGCUCUUCCUAAAGUUAAUAUCGAACAUACCGUGGGCGCUCAGGAAGGGUCCCCGGGCCAGGUUCUGCUGACCUGCCCGCGCUGGUGGCACGUGUCGCUGCCCCGCGGUGUCCGUGCGGUGGACCCAAGAGGCGGUGCAGCAGGACGAAGGGGGCCAGGAGCGUGAUGCCUGGGCACUGAUCCGAGCUCGUGCCCCCAGGGGUGUAGAUAGCGCUUGGGGACCCUUGCAGCAUUCAGUCUGGUUCUGACUGUAACUGCUCCUCUCUGGCGGCAACUUCCUUCUGUCUUCGUCGGCCCUCUUAAAAUUCUGGUAGAUUUUUCUCCAUCUCAUCACUUCCAACUCCCGUGUCCACAGCCGGCAGGGCUGCUGGAGCCCUCUCAGCAAACUCUUUCUCUCCCAUCUCCAAAAGAUCGAGGUCUCAGUGGACAGGGCUGAAGAACCUGAGGCCACCUGCAGAGCCUGGGCAAAUGGGGACUUGGCCCCAGCUGUCUGGUAGAGGUCUCUCUCUCCCAGUUUCACUUCUCAAGACUGGGUCAGACCCAGCCAGACCCCUUGGGCAUGAGGAGAAUCUCAAGCUUCGAGCUAAUGGGAAAGGACUGGAAACAGGUAAUUGUAGAACAGUACGUGUCUCUGGUGAGUCUACCUCAUCGUUGCCCAAGUGCACUCAAAUCCCUGCCCAGAAAGUAUGUUGUCACCUCUAGCAGGGGACCUUCACAGCUGGGGCUGCCCAGGGAAAAAAGGACGCUGGCCAGUUACCAGAAAAUCAAAGAGGAGGGAAAUGAACUUCUGGAGGACACCACCUGUGAUCAUCUCUGGAGGCUGGGGCUAGAGGCUGGCUCUUCAUUUUUUAAAGUAUUGUCAAAUAGCUAAGGUGUAUGGAAAGUCCAAAAAUAAUAAUACAUUGAGGAUCCAUCCACCACCCAGCUUAAAUGAUAAAACAUAAGCAGUACUUUUGUAUAACCCUACCCCCAAAACUGGUCUCAUACCCUCUACCCGUCCCCUACUCACCCGAUACCAGUACAGUAUUCUGAAUUUGAAGUUGCUAUUUCCACACAAUUCUGUAUACUUUUAUUACAUGUGUAUAAGUCACUCAUACAUAACAUUUGUCUCACACAUUUAUAUACACUUAAGCCAUAUGUAAAUAGUAUAUUGUAUCCGACUCCUUAACAUUUUGUUUUAAAGAUCUAUCCAUAUAUCUAGAUGAUUCAUUUCACUGUUGUAUGAGCUGGGUCCUUCCAGUUCACCCUUCCAUCCAUCCCCUUCAUCCCCAAACUAUCCAGGUCUCCUCAACUUUUCCUGCAAAAGACCUUAGCUCCCACCGGCUGUGGGGUCAUGAUUGUCCCAGGGCUCCUCUCCCAGGCCUUCUUCCUGGUGUUAAGCUUCUGGAGGGUCAGGAGAAAAGGGGUGCUUUGGUGAAAUGUUGCCCCCCCAGUUGUAUGCAUGUGCAUUUGUUUUGGGCGUAGGAGAGGAGUGAUUUAUUCUUAGUAUUUACUUGAGAAUAAAUGUAAAACUCUUAGGUUUGCUCUGUCCAAGAGUAGGAAAUACCAAAAGCAACUAUGGUCACACACAAACACACAUGGGAUGAUACAACAUUUACUAUUUUUUUCUCCUUCUCAAGGUAAUCAGGGAGCAAGCUAAUGAGACAGGAGGUAUGUUACAGGGACCUUACGAGGUUCGGGCAGUCAGUCCCUCCUGGGAAGGCAAUCACUGUACUAAAGAGAAACACUGACUAGGCCAGCCAUGUGUCUGUGACCUGUACAAGCGCUUGUGGUGAAGGUCACAAUAGGGCUGGAGACUGCAUGUCAUGGUCUGUCGUUAUUCCUCCAUAGAAAACCCCAUUCAGCGUUCUCCAUGAAAGACCCAGGGAGACUAACGCUGGGGCCCCAUGUUCAGUGACACCAGUUGUGAUGCGACAGCUAUUACUAGGGGACUGAGAUUUAGCAUAGAGCCUUAUCAGUGCUUUCACAGUUUUUCUUUUAAACCUAAGCAACUUGCUUGUAAUAUUCUCUCUUCAGGCAAAAACAUAUUUUCCAUUUUCUUCUUUUUUACUUUUCUGAUUACAAAUUUUAAAAAUAAAUUUUACAUAAAUGUGUUUAUGAUAUUUCUUAAGAAUAGUGUUUGCCAUUUGAUAAAACAGAAUGAAAACCUCAUUGAAACAAAUUUACUUGGAGGACGUAGAUGAGGCAUCCUUUACAAAUGUAUAUGCAAAUCACACACAUCAGAGAGGAUGGUGGGGAGAAUCUCAGCUCUCUGGCCUGAGAUCCCAGAGCACCGUGAUGUUUCUCCUGUCCCAGUGGGUGAUUAUGCUUUUCCUGAAGGAGCCGGGUUGGUGGGAGCCUGAUGCUCCAUUUGCUUUUGCAGGUGUACGAAAGCGAAAGCACGUAUGACUCAGUGUUUUCUCUCUGUGCUCUCCCUCAGAUCCAGUGUGGUAGACAGAAUAAUGGCCUCCUAAAGAUGUCCACAUCCUAAUCUCCAGAAUUUAUAAGAGGUGAUGUGACAUGGCAGGGGGAAUUAAGACUGCAGAGAAAAUUAAGGUUGCUGAUCAGCUGACCUUAAAAUUAGAUUAUCCUGGAAUAUCUGAGCAGGCUCACUGUAAUCACAAGGGAAGAAGGGAGUGAUGUAUGGAAGAAGGAGGCAGAAGAGUGAAUGUCAGAGGGAUGUGCUGUGACAAAGACCUGACCAGCCAUUGCUAGAUUUGAAGAUGGAAGGGGGUCACAAACCAGGGGAUACCAGCAGCUUCUAGAAGCUGGAUUCUCCCUUAGAGAAUCUCCCUAAAAACAGAUCUCCCUUAGACCCUCCAGAAAGGAAUGCAGUCCAGCUGAUACUUUGACUUCAGCCCACUGAGACCUAUUCUGGGCUUCUGAUAUCCAGAACCGUAUGGUAAUACAUUUGCAUGGCUUUGAGUCACUAUAUUUGUGGUGAUUUGUUACAGCAGCCUUAGGAAACUACAACAGGGAUUCAGACCACAGGACAAUAGCCUUCCAUCCACCUGUUCCCCUAUUCAGUGAGGAAUCACAAAGAUCCCACAACAGCUUGUGAGAGAAAUAGGACAUCUAAAAUCAGUUCUCAUAAGGGUCCCACGACCCUUUCAAAGGGGCCACUAGGUCAAAACUAAUUUCAUUAGAGAUAAAGACAUAGAUACAUAGAGAGAGAGAGAGAGAUUCAGGUUGUUCUUCCUCCUCUGCCCCACCUCAUACACACACUUGCCAGGGGCAAUGGUGCAGGAGUCCACAGGGAUAAAAUCAGGGCAGCCAGGAUGAUGAGUUUAGGGAUCUAGCCUCCACUGUUCACUAACGCCCCCUCCCUCCUCCAAACCCGGAGAGCCAAUGAUUGGCUCUACAGGAAGUGUCUCCCCUAAACCUAUUGUCCUUGGGGUACUGAAAGUAACAGCCCUGACCCGAAGACUCACUUUCCUUGGGGGAGGAAUACUAAACUGAAGUGUUUAAACAUGAUUUUCUGGUGUCUGGGUCUGUCCACACUCGCACUCAUUUCCUUGGCUCUUUUCCAGCCCCUGCGGCUGCGAUGAAUUAGCAUCGGGCUUUUGUCCCUGCCCCACCACACAGUGUAAACGAGCUCAAAAUAAAAAGGGUUUUAAAAUUCAAUUACCUACAUUUUCAAGUUUGUUUUUUCUUCCAUUGGUAAAUCUAUACUGUCAAUGUUCCAAUUUUUUAAAAUUCUAAGGGGAAAAAAAAACAGAAAAAAGGGAGGGGAAACAUAGACUUACCACCCAAACCCUGUUAGCAUUGUGAUGUAUUACAUUACGCCUUUUUUUGUAAAAAAAUAUAUAUUUAAAAUUUUUCAGAUCAGUAA